AUAUAUACUUAACAAUAGUUCGCAAAUUUAUUAAGUACACUUGGUCACACAAUUCGUUCUUAUCAAUUCGAUGCUCAUCAAUUAACUUCAAUAUUUAAGAGUAAAUUUUUAUCAAUGAAACACCGAAGCAUAAACGCUUUUAAGAGAACUGCGUCGUGAAAACAAUACGCAAAGCAUAUGCUAGAACUGAACAACUGUUGCUCAACAAUUGAUUUAUUCCCGUUCCGCUCUGCAUGGGUGAAUAAUUGCAAACAAAACAGACCAAUUUUAGCGCGUUGAAAAAGAAAAAUUCUAUAAAAAUGUUGUUGGUUUGCGUUCUGCGCUCAGUUAGUAGGCAAAGAGCCAGUUGCAUUGGUGUUUUGUCGCAAGCGAUGCUCGGUAGUUCUAACUUCGAAGAACGUGUUUUCGUUCCAAUCGGUAGAAAAUUUUGUUCAGCUGAGAUAAAUGAAAAACAAACGAGACAGAUAAAUUAUGAUUCGCAAAAUGUGGAAGCUGAAUACGCGGAAGCUAUUAAGGCACUCAAUACUCUACAAUCGAACGCAGAGGCAAUACGCACUUCAAUUACCGCAUACAACACACAAAAACCAUUGGAUGAUAUGUACAUAUAUUUAAACAGAAGUGGUUUACAUAUCGAGGAAGUAGACAAAUUAUCUGUCAUACAUGUAUCCGGCACCAAAGGAAAGGGUUCCACUUGUGCACUCACCGAGUCAAUUUUGCGUGCUCAUGGAGUGCGGACUGGCUUCUUUAGCUCACCACAUUUGGUGUCGGUUACAGAGCGUAUACGUAUCAAUGGGGCGCCAAUAUCGAAGGAGAAAUUCACACGAGCAUUUUGGCGAGUUUUUAAACGCUUGCAAUCCGCCUCCGAUAACGUCUAUGAUAUGCCCGCCUAUUUUAAAUUCCUUACGAUAUUGUGUUUUCACAUUUUUAUUGAAGAAAAGGUUGAUGUUUCGAUACUAGAAGUGGGUAUCGGUGGUGAACUGGACUGCACCAACAUAAUAAGAAAUUCCAAAAUUAUUGGAAUUACAUCACUUGGUUUAGAGCAUACAAAUCUUUUAGGUAAUUCUUUGGAAGAAAUCGCUUGGCAAAAAGCUGGCAUUAUCAAAAAAAAUUCCAAUGUUUUUACAACCGUUACACAACCGGAAUGUUUGGAAGUCAUUAAAAAGCGGGUCGCUGAAAACAAUGCUAAAUUAUACAUCGUACCUGAUUUUGAUAAAUACUUUCAAGAUCCAAACACACAGAAACUGCUUUCAAAUCUGAACAAUUUUAUCAAAUUAAAUGGUUCCUUAGCGAUACAAUUAGCUUGUGAUUGGCUGCGUAAUCAUAAGAAUGGAUUUCAUAGAAAUUACGGAAUUAAUUCUACGUCGCAGCUUUCCAGUGCUAUAAUAGAAGGUCUAUUAUAUUGUAAUUGGCCCGGUAGAUGCCAAAAAGUACAGUACUUAAAUUUUAAUGUACAUCUUGAUGGAGCUCAUACAAUUGAGAGUAUGCGAGUAUGCCAGGAGUGGUUUAAAGACACGACAGCGGAAAGUACAAAUCCUAAAAUACUUAUCUUCAAUACGACUGGUGAUCGUGAUUCGAAAAAUCUGAUGAAUAUCUUAAGAGAACAUAACAAGUUCGCUUUUGUUUGCUUUGUGCCCAAUAUUGCCACUAGUAGCCCAAAUAUCAAUGAUGUACAAUCGAAAUUGUAUGGAUCUGAAGAACAACUUAAACGCAUCCAGGUACAUGCAGAUGUUUGGAAGAGUCUUUGUGCAGAAGCGAAUGAACCAGACAACUCCAAAGUAUUUCCAACAAUUUUAGAUAGUUUCGCGUACAUACAGAAACUGUAUAAUAGAACGGAAUUAGAUGUGCUCGUAACAGGAUCCCUACAUUUAAUUGGAGCUACCAUAUUAGCGUUAAAUGACUACAAAGGGUCCACAGCGAAAACCUAAUGUGUAUAUAAAAGGCUGAGUGUCAAAUGUGUAUAUUAUGUAUAAUAGUUAAACCUUUAUAGUAUUU